UUUGGAUGACACCAUUGAUGAUGAGAAGCUCAAGGAACUUUUUUCAGAGUUCGGUACGAUAACUUCAUGCAAGGUUAUGCGGGAUCCAAGUGGAGUCAGCAGGGGAUCUGGAUUUGUUGCCUUCUCCACUUCCGAAGACGCUUCUAGAGCUCUUUCUGAGAUGAAUGGGAAAAUGAUAGUUAGCAAGCCACUCUAUGUUGCACUGGCACAGCGGAAAGAGGAGAGAAGAGCAAAGUUGCAGUUGGCACAGGCACAAUUUUCACAACUGCGACCAGUGGCAAUGCCCCCAUCACUUGCUCCUCGCAUGCCAAUCUACCCUCCUGGUGCUCCUGGGAUUGGACAGCAACUAUUUUAUGGGCAAGGCCCCCCUGCUAUGAUUCCUCCCCAGGCUGGGUUUGGCUAUCAACAACAGCUUGUUCCUGGAAUGCGUCCUGGAGGAGCUCCUAUGCCGAACUUCUUCAUGCCCUUAGUCCAACAAGGACAACAGGGCCAGCGUCCAGGUGGUCGACGAGGAGCAGGGCCUGUGCAACAAACUCAACAGCCUAUGCCCUUGAUGCAGCAGCAGAUGCUCCCAAGGGGAAGAAUGUACCGCUAUCCACCAGGGCGUAAUGGACCAGAGGGGCCAAUGCCAGGCGUUCCUGGGGGUAUGCUUUCUGUUCCAUAUGACAUGGGUGGCAUGCUUCCUCGUGAUUCUGCAAUGGGACAGCCCAUGCCAAUUUCAACAUUGGCUUCUGCCCUUGCAAAUGCACCACCUGAACAGCAGAGGACGAUGUUGGGUGAAAGUUUGUACCCACUUGUUGAUCAGCUGGAGCACGAGCAUGCAGCAAAGGUUACAGGCAUGCUUCUUGAAAUGGAUCAGACUGAGGUUUUACAUCUGCUUGAAUCACCAGAGGCUUUGAAGGCUAAAGUUGCUGAGGCUAUGGAAGUUCUGAGGAAUGUUCAGCAGACUGCCAGCCCGGCUGACCAACUUGCCUCACUUUCCCUCAAUGACAACCUUGUUUCUUGAGUGAUUCAACGUGGUCCAAUUGACUGCUUAAUGCGGUUUUUUUUUGAUGAAUCAUCUCCUCUGUUUUGAGAGGAUGGUAUAAACAGAUUUUGCAGGGAUGAGUUUUGGGAAUACUGCUAGGGUUUUCUCGGGAUGUUUUGUCUAGAGUAUGAGAUUAUUUUUGGAUUCUUAAGAUUAUGCUUUUAUGUUAUGUGGUCCAGAGAUUUUAUUUC